GGAAUGUCACAACGACUGCGCUGAAUGUGAGAAGUUCGUGUGCAACGACUUAGCUGCUCGCCUGACCCUUUGCAUGAGCAUUCGCUCGAAGUGGCAGCCUCCCAGCUUCAAUAUCUCCGCUUCAGCACCAAGCGAAACAACAACUGUUGUCGUCAUGCCCCAGCCAGGAACUACAACUACGACGCAGACCGUACUUUACUCAACCUCCAUCUCGACAAUUCCUCCUCCCUCGGUUUCCACAGUCACCAUAUCGACUAUACCCUCACCUCCAGCUGUCACGGUUACUGCAUCUGCCCCUCCUGCUAGUACCACCACUGUCGUCGUAGUCCCUCAGGACCCCACGACGAUCACUACGACCAUCCUUUCGGUACCUCCGAUUCCCCUUAGUACCGUCACUGUAUACCCCCAGGCCCCGCAGAACAGUGCGGUCAUUGUAUCUUCUCCCCGUCUCCAAACCAGCACUGUGAUAGUGGUUCCUCAACAUCCUCAACCCAGCACUGUGACAGUAACUCGCCAGCGUCCUCAACCCAGCACCGUCACCGUGGAAAAGCCGGCCUCCACCAUCGUCUACCACUAUCAGGAUCCAGCUUCCACCGUUGUCGUACAGCCCCCAACCGUUACUGCUUCGCGCUCCCCGUCUGUGAUCGAGAUUCCUAUGACCAUGAUCACAACCGCGACACAUACGGUAGCCAGAUCAGUUCGUGCGGUACAUACUCCUGCGCCUAUGUCUUCUCGUGAUAUUGCCAUGGCCAAAACAACUUGCAACACUUGCGACGGUAACACGGAGUGUGAUGUAAGUCAACACAUCGCUUUUCGUGUGCUCGCAGAACUCUCGACUGACUUCAGCUGACAAUAGGGAUGCGAUUUUGCUUGCGACGAAGAUUGCUUCUAUUUUCUUUGCAAAGACGCCGUUAGCGGAUCGGAGGUUUGUGUGAGUGUGCCAGAGGAUGCCAAAGCUUUCAAAGCAAACGAUGCAUCCAUGACUCCCAGCGAUUUCCUCGGCUCCGCUGCUAUGCUUUUGGUACUCGAUGACGCCGAAGACUCGACUUCCAACGCUUCAGCCAGCCACCUACAGCCUGCAGUCUCCAAUGGUACUAGGCCAAACUUUGCUUUUGCUGAGGAGGACUGUUAUCUGUGCGAGGUCGAUGACGAAUCUUGUGGAGUAGGUGAC